AUGCAGCUCACCAGUAUUUUUGUGUCGGCUAUCUCAUUGGUAGCCGCUGUGGUUCACGCUGACCCUCUAGUCCUCCCUCAUCACCAGGGGAUAGCAAGUGGCUAUUCGAUGGUUAAUCUCACUUGGGUUGGAAAAGUCUUCGAAGACGGUUCUGAUGUUUCAAUAACCGGUUCCAGCAUGCAGAAUAUUGAAGCGCAGAUUCGUGAACUGAAUCCCGAUUUCUCCUGGAAUAGGAAGAACGAUACCAAUUCCGCGAUGCCGGUCCGGCGUGACAAUACGCACCUAACCUGCGACCCAAAUAAUAUCUGGUGGGCUCAAGUCUUCAGGAUCGAACAGGGAAUCGAGUACUUGAAAGGCAUCCAGGGGAGAUGUCAUGUGGGUCCUGGCCCUCGGGUAUGUACCCGAGUAAGUUGCAGCUAUGAGUCAGCGAUCUCCUGGUGCAACGAUAACGAUCACGAUAUUUUCAUCGACUGCUCGCUUUGGAGUCUGUAUGCUCAAGAUAUCCUGGAUGCUUGCCAGACCCACGAUGCUUCUAACCGUGUAAGGGGUCAAAAGUUCAAUGACGAGAAUUGGAAUAUUCUCGUGGGUCUUGACAACGAUCAUUGUUAG